GGGAGUUUUACAGCAACUUGAAGGUGAUGGCCUUCCUAGGAGAGUGACUAUGCGAGCUAGAUCUGACAAAUUCAAGCAAUCACUGAACUCUCCGUGUCGGCAUGAAAUUUGACCGAUGAGAUUCAUAAGAGACCACAGAAGUGAUUGUCAGACGUAAGGUCACCACCCCAGAAGUACCCAGAUUGUUGAGCGGCGGGAUAAUUUGGGUGGCUUCGCCGGACAAUCGUACAUUGCCUGGUAAUUCAUUGUGUUCUGCAGGAUUCAUGGAACUGCCCCCGGGGCCUGCCUUAGAACCUUUGCUGGAUUGGGAUGCCCUUUCAACCCUCGUUAACACCUUCGACGGUCACACCGUACUAGCGGUGCGUGAUGGUGAAGUGCAGCAGCACACCCCCCCGAUGGAUUCAACUGCAACCUCCAAUACGGUUAUGCAGGUGCCAAUCCAAGCGGAGAUCGCGCCAUGGUGUGUUUCUGGCACCAUGGAUGGUAUAUACGAAGACUCUAGGAACGAUCCCAAUGAGACCAGCCAGUCUCCUCCACUAGAGAGCCAGGAUACCGGGGAAAGCAACCGCUUGAAUUUCAAGAAACCUGUCGAUGACUUUGAACAGGAUUCCCAGCUCGCCAUAAUGCCGACUGAAACCGUUACUUACAUUCCUCAAAGAUUGUAUCAGCCGCGAGGAAAAACCGAGCGAGAGAAGUAUGUGCACGCGGCAAACUUAUCCUUACCUAUCGUGUUCUACGCAGAGAAGCCAUCUGAGCUGGGUAUAGCCUUGGAAGAGAUUCUACAAAAAAAAUCGAGACGUCUCAGCGAUAGGGAUGACCUAGUGUUUGAAGACGGUGGCCAAUCUAUCUCACUGAGAAUAGAGUGGCCUGGUUAUCCUUCUUGGAAUCGUCAGCUCUCUACCAGAGAUUAUCGCAAGACGCGAGGCCCAAUCACUAAAGCAAAACUUGCGAAGAACCUUGCCACCUGCAUACGCAGAUUUACUCAUGAAAUGGCGACUCACCGCACUAUGGAGGUCAACUCUAAUCCCAUGUGGAGGAUUAGUCCCCAUCACAUAAAGUUUGAAGAUCUCAUACUCGUCAGUUUGAAUCAUGUGUCACAAGGAAGUUGGCAGCCUCAGUUACGACUUCGGCAACAGAUGCGAGGAAGAUCCAGCAGAACCUGAUCCUGAGACUUAACUUCCCUCACUGCCGAGACUUCGAUUCCUUAUCUCUUUCGCCAUUUCAAAUUUCCAUCACAUGCUUUCCGUCACCAGACUAAGAUUUUUCGCAGCUUUGACAGCCACUACAAGUGUACACACGCCACGGGUUCGUUCUAUUGCAAGUCGUUACACCUUUCUCAUUCCAAAACUUCUUUUAUAUUCAACAUGUUGUGCAUUAUGCUUUCCGUCGUCUUGUUUUCGUAGCCAUCCGAUACCCGAAUUCUUAAUCUACGACUCUGAACUUGACAAAGAGGAUCUUCGCCGGCUUUUCGGUUCUCAGUGAAAGUCAAUACAUGCCCAAAAUGGUAGGAUGUCCUUAUCGCCGAUUUUUCG